AUGAAGUUCACAUUUGGACUUGGUGAUAAAACAUUAACAAAACUACAAAAUGUUCUUCAUUUUCAGGUACUUUGUCUACUAUCUGUAGCCGUCGCGGUAGUAUCCGCUCAUGGACAUUCUUCUCAGUUCGUCCACAAAUACGAUGGACACCAUGAACCCGUACAUCAUGGACAUGGUCACCAUGACUACUAUACUCAUCCUAAGUUCGAGUUCGGCUACAAAGUAGACGACGACCACACGGGCGACCACAAGUCGCAGCACGAGCACCGCGACGGUGACGUCGUCAAGGGCCACUACUCGCUGCACGAGCCUGACGGCUCCGUCAGGGACGUGCACUACCACGGCGACCACCACAGCGGAUUCCACGCGGAUGUGAAGCACAGCACUCACCAUAUUGUACCUCAUCAUCACCAUCAUUACUAAACGCAUCAAUAGUAUUAAUUUAGAGAACUGACUCAGU